AUGGGAAUCCACGAAAUCUUCUCUGCCGGAUCCGAAACCGACUCCUACACAGGGCAAGGCAGACAAAGCGGCCUCACCGCUGACGCGAACCACGACACAAUCACAACCACCGAAGCAAGAGGUACAAAUGCCCAGGGCGCAUGGUCCGCGUACUCAGCAUCAGCAGUCGUCGUCCAGACAGCACGCUCCGACAACGAAGGUGCUUGUCAGAUUGUCGUCACCAAAGAAAUUGCCGUGUGUCGCGCUAAAGACAUGGAACUGGAAGACAUCCAAGCCGCCAUCACACUAUGCAAUAUGAGCUUAAGCGGCUCCCGACACGGCGGGACAGCGUGA